ACGGCCCAAUUAUCGGUUUAGACGCGUCUUCCCCAAUUCUUCCCUGCUCUUUGCUUUCCGGUUUCCACCCUCUUCUCCUUUUCCCUUUCCCUUUCCCUUUCCCUUUCGAUUCCGGAAGCAGCAACCAUAAAAAUUAGAAAGACACAAACUUGGCCGUUUCUCUUUCUUCUUCUCUGAACAAAGGGCCGCUGAAUUCUACGUGGGUUAUUCGGAGACAGGUUCGAGCGCAACAAUGUUCUUCCACAUCGUAUUGGAGAGGAACAUGCAGUUGCAUCCUCGCUACUUCGGUCGCAACCUACGAGAUAACCUCGUUUCAAAGCUCAUGAAAGAUGUUGAGGGGACUUGCAGGUUUCCUUUCCAUUCAUUCCCUAACGUGGUUUCCGAUUUUGAGUUCCUAGCAUUUCUGAUCGCGCUUCUCCUUUUUCCCGCUCGAUUUGCUGGGAUUCCGUUUGGCUGUGAAGAAAAUAUUGUACCACGAGCAGUGACUUAGGUUUUGAGAAUACUUUUUCUGGCCUCUCGUCGAGAUAGGCUUAAAAGAUAAUACAUUUCGGACGAUUCGUAUAGUUGCGAUGGUAGUUCGAUGAUUUUUAGGGUCGGAAUUACUGUAACUUGACUAUGAAGUAGGCAGGGCAGAAAUUGAGGACUCCCUGGAAGUUUAGGGCAAAAGUUUUGAUGAACCUUAGGGGGCAGGGUUUCUGGGUUUUAUCUGUAUAUAUCUGUAGCAGGGAAGAGCAGACUUAAAUGAAGAGUCUUUUUUUUUUUUUUUAAUCUUAGUUCGCGUUACUUCUGAUACCAGUCUAAUAGAGCUCCUUGCCUUGAACAUACUAGUGGUUCUGAUCACUCUGGUUAUGGAUCUUCAGUGACUACGCUGCUAUGUCAGAUCUCCUUUUUUCGUCAUAGAAUUUCGAACAAUUAGGUUGCCUUCACCUUCAGAUGAAUUUUGCUUCCAUUUAACAUGUGAUUAAAUGAGGGGAAGGAAUUGAUAUUAGGAGCGAGUAGCUCAUGUCUCAUAUUCUUGAUAUUAGCACUGCAGUCACAUAGAUGCUUUUAUUUCUUGUUAAGUGUCAGAUUCUAUGCUAUGUUCUCGUGGCUGUGAAUGCAAAACGUCCAUUUCAACUUGGUUUCAGUUACUUGGAACACCUGGCUUGUUUAAACGGUUCUAAUAUAUUUCUCUGUAAUCAACUGUUUUGUACUACUGCAGUGGUAAACAUGGGUUCGUUGUAGCAAUAACAGGCAUAGAAAACGUUGGGAAAGGUUUGAUCAGAGAUGGUACAGGUUUCGUGACUUUUCCAGUAAAGUACCAGUGUGUUGUGUUCAGACCAUUUAAGGGCGAGAUCUUAGAAGCUGUUGUCACCAUGGUAAACAAGGUAGAAUGGUUGUCUCUCGUAUGGAAGUAGUUCAGUUAAUCUUUCAUGGAUCUUACUUUUGGAGUGUGGUGAUCUUACAUUCUUUAAUAUAAUACCUUGUAGAUGGGAUUUUUCGCUGAAGCUGGUCCAGUGCAGAUCUUUGUUUCGAACCAUGUAAGUUGUAUAAGAUGAUUGACUGUGAUAUGUUGUUAUUGAAGACAUUUGAUAUUUUUCCUGUUGUUGGCCUUCCUUUUACGUGGGAACUGGAGGUUAGAGCAUGAUUGUUAAAAUUGAAGCAAUUUGAUACUUCCCAUUGUAGCCUUCUUUAACCUUGGCAUAUAUACUUGAGCUGUUUCCUGAACUUGGAACUUGAACUUUGUUGUUUUAAACUUUUAAGCUUCAUGUAUCUGUGUUUGUAGGAUAUCUUGUUAAAUUUUGUCUAAGAAACUUGAUGAGCGAAGAAUGAGUAACCCUUGUAGUAUGUAUCUACUAUAUGCAACUUGGUGCUAAUAUUUUCUUUUGGUUCUGUAGUUGAUACCUGAUGACAUGGAGUUUCAGUCUGGAGACAUGCCGAAUUAUACAACUUCUGAUGGAUCGGUUGGCUUUCUGUGAUCUACUUGCUAACAAUAAUGAAUGCAUAUAAUAUUCUCUACUUCUCUAAUUUCUUGUCAUUUACUUUUGCGCAUUUUCCAGGUUAAGAUCCAGAAGGAUAGUGAAGUGCGUUUGAAGAUUAUCGGGACUCGUGUUGAUGCUACAGAAAUCGUAUGUUCUUGAAUCCUCCUUUCAGUUAGACCCCCUGAAUUUGUGCCUAAUGCGCAUGUCACUGGUUUAUCCAUAUAUCGGGAAUGAGGGAGUCCUUCAGCUGACAGUGUUAUUUGAAGUAAAUGUGAAUGUCAUUGAAUUGAUUUGAAUUGAUUUGCACAUAAAUUAAGAAAUUAACCACUCGCCAAGAGCUUGAAUCUCUAAACAACAAUGCCUAUCAAAUAUGCUAUAGCUAUCUCAAUCAGAGAAACGUGUUUCUCCUUGAUAUGUAUCUUGGGUCUACCCUAAUGAACUCGGGAGGUUUACUAAUGAAAUCUCUGUUGCAUCAACAGUUCUGCAUUGGUACGAUAAAGGAUGACUUCUUGGGCGUGAUCAACGAUCCCACAACCACGUAGGCGAAGCUGGGAGGUGGAAGUAUUGGAUGUACACCGUGUUUCUUAUAGGUGUAUGAUGACCAAGCUUCUGAUGCGGACCAUCGAGCAUGGCGGCACCUACCUGUACUUUUUGUCAAGCAAGCUCUGUAAUUUAUUCCGCAGCAAGAAGUUCUGCUAUGUGCUUGUAGGGAAUGGACUGUAUCUAUGUAUUGAAGUGUGUUUUACUCACCUAAGACAACCAUCAGAAAGGCUUUGUCCAUGUUGGAUGGUUCUUGAGAGUUAUUUUUAAGAUUCUAGAUUAUCUACUGGGGUCAAGUUGUUGGAUACUAUGGAUUAGUUUGAGCUGCACAAUUGGACGCUUAAUCUCUCUUUGUAUCUUUGUUACCAUAAUAUGAAGAGGAUGUUGAAUCUUUGAGCUGCGACAACAAUUAUACAAAGUGUUACGUACCUGAGUGAUUGAUUUAUUUUAUGGGGAAAAUUUGGCAGCAGGCUGGGUUGCUGCCCGCAGCAGCUGCCUGUCCACAUAGAGCUCCCCCAUUGGCUCAAUAUUUAUUAUUUUUAAUUAUUUCAUGGCUAGCCAUAAUUGCCUAUUGGAAUGGACUUCUUUUUUCCCUUUUCUUUUUCCAAGAUGGAAGUGGAACAGAAUUAUAUUACCAAAAAAAGAAGUGGAACAGAAUUGCACUUUUAUAUAAUUAAUAACUUUUGAUUUUAGGUUCAAUUGCUUCCCGUUAGGUUUUUCCUCUUAAGAGUUUUAUACUUCUUUGCACUCCGAUUCACCCGAAGCCGCAACAGGAGCGCCUCUCAACGAAAAGAAUCAUCAUCUUCGUGCUGGGUUUAUUUUGAACAAUGUCAUUGCCAACGGGUUCUCUUUUUAUAAUCAUGUUUGCACUAGCUUUUACCUAUUUGAUACCUGUAAAGAUACUGCUAAUGAGGAAUUAUUUUUUCUAUUCUACUAAGCUACUUGUUCUUGCGAACCCACAGUAUAUUUUAAAUUUUGGUAUGAAUACUGAGGAACUAUUUUAGUUGAGUACUAUUUUUAUGUAUUUACGGGUUGCUUUGAUAUGGGUGAUCAUUCAAUAUUUUGUGUUACGAUAUACUUAGCUCUUAUAUGCUUACAAAUUGAUAUUAUGUUCUAUCUUUCAGAUACUGAUCAUACUAGUCCCAAAACACGAGGUGCAAAUAAUAUGACUGAAAAAAGCGAAGUGCCAUGUAUAGGCAUGAAGUUCGAUGGCGAUGAUAGUGCUUAUGCAUUUUAUAAAGCAUAUGUCCACAGUGUUGGUUUUAGUGUAAAGAAGCGUUAUGUCAAGCGAACGUGAGCAGGUCAAGUGAAAAGAAGAACAUUUUGUUGUUCUAAAGAAGGCAAAAAGGGUUUCGAUAAAAGGCGUGAGAAUGUGGCUUUUGAGCGACCAAUUACCAGAAUCAGUUGUUUAGCACAAAUGACUUGUCAACUGAAAAAGGAUGGCUUGCUAGAGAUUGUUUCUUUUGAAGAAAAUCAUAAUCAUGACCUUGCCCCCACUCCUAUGAAGCACAUGUUGAGGUCCAACAGAAAGAUAAGUUAUGCUCAAAAAGCUAUUGCAAAUGAUGUUGAGAGAGCUGGGUUGCCAAUCAAGGCAACUAUUGAUUUGCUAGCAAUCCAAAAUGGAGGUCGUCAAAAUAAUGGAUUUUUGGAUUCAGACUACAAAAACUAUAUUGCUGCACAAAGGCGAGCUACAAUGAUUAAAGGAGAUGGUCAGACAAUUAUGGAUUAUUUUCGUAAAGCACAAACAGAGGAUCCAUCAUUUGUUUACUCAUUGCAGCUUGAUGAUGAUGAUUUUGUUAUGAAUAUGUUCUGGGCUGAUGGCAGAUCAAUAAUUGAUUACAAGUACUUCGGCGAUGUUAUAUGUUUUGAUACAACAUAUAGGACUAAUGAGUAUGGCUGACCGUUUGCUCCAUUUUUGGAGUCAAUCAUCUAAAGCAGACAGUGAUCUUUGGGGCAGCAUUACUUUAUGAUGAAACAAUAUCCUCCUUCAAGUGGUUGUUUGAAGCAUUUUUGGGUGCAAGCUGGAAGGCAACCCAAAACCAUAUUGACAAAUCAAUCAGCUGCUAUGGCCAAAGCAAUUGAAGAGGUAUUUACUGAAACUCAUCAUCGUUUAUGUGUUUGGCAUAUUUAUCAGAAUGAUGCUAAACACUUAAGCUAAGUGUUUCAUGCAUCCAACCAAUUUGCUAGUGAUUUUAGUUCAUGUGUAUAUGACUAUGAAGAUGAAUGGUAUAAAGGUUGGGAUGCUAUGCUUAAAAAGUAUGAUUUGGAGAAUAAUGAAUGGUUGCAAGGGAUAUUCUCAGUAAAAGAAAAGUGGGUUAUGGUUUAUGGGCGUCAUAUGUUUACUACUGAUAUGAAGAGUACACAACGCAGUGAAUCAAUGAAUAGUGUGUUAAAGAAGUACCUGAAGCCGAAACACAAUAUGUUAUACUAUUUUUUUUAUCAUUAUGAUCAAUUGGUAGAAGAUAGAAGGUACCAAGAACUACUUGCAGAGUUCAAAUUGAGGAACACAAGCCCUGCAUUAAAAGCCGAUGUUGAGAUGUUAAGGCAUGCAUCAGAAGUGUACACUCCUAAAAUCUUUAAGCUGUUCGAAGAAGAAUAUCUGAAAGUUUGGGAUUUCACAAUUGAUAAGAUGAGCAAAACCAAAGGUCGGGCGGAAUAUAAAGUGAAAUAUGCUGGUAGAGGUGCAGGGCAUCGUGUCUGGUUUGAGUCUUCGCCUCAAAGAGUUGAAUGUAGUUGCAUGAAGUUUGAGUUUGUGUGGAUUUUGUGUUCUCAUGCUUUGAAAGUUCUUGACAAGAAAAAUAUAAAGCAAAUCCCAAGGCAAUAUAUAUAAAAAAGAUGGACAAAGGAUGCAAAAGAUGGAUAUAUCAGCAGUUCAAGUCGAGUGCAGGGAAGUUCUGAGAAACUCAUUGGGAAGCGUUACUUCGAUUUGCAUUAUAAUUUCGAGAGAUAUCCACACUGGCAGCCGAGAGCGAUAGAAUGUAUGAGCAUGCAUGUGAAGUUUUUUCAAAUUUGCUGAAGAAUUUGCAGGAAAUGAAAAAAGUUCACAUGCUGGAACUUCUUAUGAGGUAUUAUGCUCUAAUCAUGAACAAGAUUAUCCAAAUGUAGUUGGAGUAAAGUCAAAAGCUACGGUUGGACGACUGAAAGAAAUAAUGAAAGGUGCAUUAGAGCGAGGAAAAAGUCACAAGGUUCAAUCAAAAUCACAGGUUCUUUUUUCUCCUUUCUGUUUGUUUUAUAAGAUAAAAGUAUUAUACUAUCUUCUUAUAUUAUUUAUUUUGAAAAUCUUAUUAUAUAUAGGGUAAGAAGCUCAAAGCUAGUUCUUAUUAUAUAUUUUGGAAGCACUAUUGAAGUGCUAAAACAAAACAAUCAGGUUUUACUUUGCAUAUAUAUUUUUUCAUCCAAAUUAGAAUGCUAGUAUUUUGUUUUCACUUAUAUCAAAGUCUACGUGAAAGUAUCUUGUCAAUCAUAAUGUAAUAAUUAUUAUAAUAUUCAGAUGGUGAUUGGGCACCAGUCUUAGAGUUCAAUUAUCAGUCUAGUUGGAGAAACAUUGAUUCCGCUAUUUCUUUAAGCAAUAUAUCAUUCACACAAUUGUUACAGGUAUAAAGAAGAUCCAAUUAUUGUUUAUUUUAAUAAUUUCUUUUAAAAUUU